AUGAUCUCUCCACCCCUCCCUAAUUUAUUUCAGGUUUAUGACUCCGACUGUUGCGACAGCAUUCUUCUGGAGCUGCGGGAAUAUCUGCCAAAAUACUUCGGCGUCUGGUCACCACCUACUGCACCAAAUGAUACGUAUCUAAAACUGGAAGAUGUGACCCGUAAGUUUAAUAAGCCUUGCAUAAUGGAUGUAAAAAUAGGUCAGAAAAGUUAUGAUCCGUAUGCUUCAGCUGAGAAGAUACAGCAGCAGGUCAGCAAGUACCCGCUGAUGGAAGAGAUUGGCUUUUUGGUACUUGGCAUGAGGGUUUACCAUGUCUCUUCUGACAGCUAUGAGACGCAAAACCAGCACUACGGAAGGAGCUUGACGAAGGAAACAGUAAAGGACGGCAUCUCCAAGUUUUUCCACAAUGGGUCCUGCUUGAGAAAAGAUGCAAUAGCUGCCAGCAUUCAGAAGAUUGAAAAAAUUCUGGAGUGGUUUGAGGGCCAGAAGCAACUCAGCUUUUAUGCAAGCUCGUUACUGUUUGUUUACGAAGGUUCAUGUCAGGCAACAACCGUGCGGCUGAGUGAUGUCACCUUGGCAGAGAAAAGAGGAGUGCCCAAAGGACUGUUAUCAGGUGGAGACAUACUGGAGUAUAAUAAUAAUAUUCAUGUAAUAAAUUCUACAGAGAAUGGAAAAAUUGAGGCCUCUGUAAGUAAAGGCUUGUCCAAAUUUUAUGCACUUCACAAAAAGGCAUACUCUAAGAGGCACCACAGCCAACUCUCACUACAGGUUGAAAACUUGGAGCAAGACAACGUGUGGAAAAGCAGCACGUGCAUUACACAGGAGCAUCUGAACGGAAACGUUAUACCCCAACUGGAAAAAGUUUUCUGUCACAUCCCAGCAGAGAUCAAGGAAAGCGCAAACGUAGAAGUCCGAAUGAUAGAUUUUGCUCAUGUGUUUCCGAGCAACACAAAGGAUGAGGGCUACAUUUAUGGUCUGAAGAAUUUAAUCACAGUACUUCAAAAUAUUUUGGAUAACUAAAUUCUUUGCUAUGGUUUUUACUGGGGGCCAAUAACAAAGAAGAGCAACAACAUGAAGAAUUUCUGCACUUGUAAUGCUGUAUAACUGGGUUUUAGAAAAUGGGCUGAAAACUCUGAAGUGCAGGAUUG